GACCUGGCGUACACAUACGUGGACAUCACAUUUUUGGUCAUAUGACCACAGUCGUUAAUUCUGCUGAACUGUUGCCUCAUGGCCAAGUAUGUGGACACUUACACUGUCAUCUGGUGGUGUCAGAAGAGUACAACACACUACGGUAAGAAUUAAAAAUGGCGGCAAACACAAGGGAUAAUUCAAGUGGCAGCUCCAAACACAAACCUCGACAAGAGCGUUUUUCUGUGCAAACAGCAUUGGAGCAAUUUUGGCUAAAUGAUGGAGACAACUCAGAUUUGGAAGACUUGUCUGACAACGAUGAUCCCAUCCUGGAUGCCAAUUACCAACCCCGAACACAGGAGCGAAGCAGCAGUGAGGAUGAGGAUGACAGUAGUGAUGAUGAGGACCCCAUUCCUCAGCCCACUGAGCACAGCAGAGGACGUAAACGUCUCCGUGGUGCAAAUAAUGGAGCCUGUCCAUGCAGACAAUAUCUGCCAAUGAAGCCAAACCCAGUUGGCAUCAAGAACUUCGUUUGUGCUACAGCAGAUGGCAUUGUGCUGGACUUUGAUCUGUAUCAAGGUACAGGUGCACUGCUUGAGCAGGUCGAAGAAGAGGUGGGCCUGGGGUUGGGAGGCUUAGUCUUGGCUCGUCUGUGUCAAACUCUGCAUCGUGGCACAAAAGUGUAUUGUGACCGGUUCUUCACAAGCAUCCGAGGUGUGGAACAAAUGAUGAAGAAGGAGAUGUACAUUACUGGUACAAUAAUGAAGAACAGACUCGCUGGCGCGAAGGAGAAGCUACCCUCUGACAAAACCAUGAAAAACACAGGAAGAGGUACCUCAUCAGAACUUUCCACUGAAGACGGAAAGUUGUGUGUAGUGAAGUGGUAUGACAACAAACCAGUAUUGAUGAUGUCUGUUGUUCAUGGCACAGAGCCUGAAGACACCUGCCAGCGCUGGGACAAGAAAUUGAAACAGUAUGUGACUGUCUCGCGACCAAGCAUUGUCCGUGAGUACAACCUCAAGAUGGGUGGAGUGGAUUUGAUCGAUAGAAUGAUUAGCUACUAUCGCAUGAGCGCCCGUACUAAGAAGUGGACGAUGCGGAUGCUAAUGCACUUCACAGAUCUGGCUUUAGGUAACAGCUGGCUACUCUACCGCAAAGACCUCGCAAUAUGUGCUGCACCAAAGAAGAGCAUCAUGCAGUUCCUUGAGUUCCGUACAGAAAUUGCUACGACCCUCUUGGCCCAGCAUCACGGUCAAGGAAGCCAUGCAGACCUCUCUGAACAGUCAGAGGAAGAAGACAACUCAAAUCAAGGGAACAAACGUCCUGUGACGGCAGUGCCCCAUGUCUCGGUCCGCAGGAGGGCGAAUGCCCAUCUCCCAGAGAUGAUCAGCCUGAAGAACGCGGCGCGCUGCAGGGUAGCAGGCUGCACUGGAAGAACCCGAGUGCGUUGUGUGACCUGCAAAGUGUUCUUGUGCUUGCAAGGCGAUCGCAACUGUUACACAGCCUUUCACACAUAGACACACAUACACUGCAGCACAACACACACACACACACACACACACACACACACACACACACACACACACACACACACACUGCUGCAAUGCAAAAUUUCACAUAACACAUACUGUAACUGUGACUCUCCAAAGGGGGCAAAAAUGUUUUGUUUUUCUUCAUUUUGUUGUGUUUUUUCACAAUGAUGUUCAAAACACAAACAAUAGUUGAAAGUUGAAAAAACUGCUGUGUUCAAGGUUGAAAUAAAAUAGUUUUUCACUCUAUUACAAAAAGGUGACUUUAAUGUGUUUUAUGGAAAUUCAGACCCAGUGUCCACAUAUGUGGACAUCAUUUUUCUCUAAAAGUACAUCAUGUCAAAAGAUGAUACUUAGUUUUUAUACUUAUCAGGUUCCAAUAAGCCCAAAUAGCAAAGAGAAAUAAAAAAUGCAUAUAAAAAAACAGCUCGGGU